AUGACCUGGCAGGAAUUGGCUCAAAGAGCAACUAACAUCUACGACACGUCCCUCAAGAGAACCUUGGAGUUGUUCCCUCUCGACAAGGAGGCUCAGCUGGCGCUCGACUCGCUUCCCUCGGCUAGAGGAAAGACCGUUGAAGACUACGGGUCGCCUGCAACAGUGCCAAUUGAGGUGUUCAGGGAAAAAAUGCCGGAAAAGUCGCUCGAAAUCACUGAAAAAGACCCCUAUCUUCUUCUUCAGGACAUCAAGCUGGGAAAGGUUUCGUGUGUGGAGGUGCUUACGGCCUACUUCCACGCUGCUGUGUUUGCAUCAAAGCUCGUCAACUGUGUAUACGAAUUCAUGCCCGAGGAGGCCUUGCAAUUGGCUAAGAAACUCGAUCUGGGCUCAAAGGACUUGCCAUUGAUGGGCCUUCCUCUCUCGUUGAAGGAGAUGAUCCCAGUGAAAGGAAGAGCGGUUACCCACGGCUCCCUCUGCUUCUUGGACAGAGUCGUUGACUACGACGCUGACAUUGUCAAUAUUUUGGUUGCUGCUGGUGCUGUUCCGUUUGUUCGUACCACUAACCCACAGUCGUUGAUGAUGCUCGAGUGUGAAUCUUGGACUCAUGGCCGGACUGUGAACCCAUACAACUCUCUGUUGACUUGUGGAGGCUCCUCGGGAGGUGAAGGUGCCAUCCAAGGCAUUGGCGCUGCUGCUUUUGGGCUUGGCUCCGAUAUUGGUGGCAGUAUCCGCUGUCCCAGUGCUUUCAAUGGUAUCUAUGGGCUCAGGACUACUGUAGGUAGACUUCCAUCCAGCGACUUCUUCUCGUGCCAGCUUGGUUCUGAAUCGAUUCUUUCUGUAACAGGGCCCAUGACUCGUUCUUUGGACCUCUUGUGCCUCGUGAUGCGUACCAUUACUGCUUCAGCUCCCUGGCUUGUCGACCCUUCCUUGUAUCCUCUUCCAUGGAAUCCUGAUAAGAAGGAGAAGCUCAAGAUUGGCAUCUUGUACGAUGAUGGCGUGGUAGCACCACAGCCGCCCAUUGCAAGAGCCCUUAAGAUGGUGUCUGACCAGCUCUCGAAGCUUCCCAACAUCGAAGUCGUUCCCUUCAAACCCUACAAGCACGAGAAGGCGUGGGAGAUCAUCACUUCUCUCUAUUUCGAGGAUGGAGGCGCUGACACGAGAUCGACGAUGGAAAAAUCGGGCGAGCCAAUGCUUCCUCAAACAGAGUGGAUUCUUAGCGGCAAGCAUGUCAAACCCUUGCAGCCUAAGGAUAUCUGGCACUGGAACCUCGAGAAGGGCAAGUAUCGUAAGGAGUACCUUGCGCAUUGGUUGAGCCAAGGUGCUCCUGAUGCUGUUAUAGCGCCGGUAUUCCCAGGUCCAGCUUGCAAACCAAGGACAUCCAGGUACUGGGGCUAUACUGCUCAGUGGAACCUUCUUGACUACCCAGCCAUAGCCUUCCCUGUAACCACAGUUGAUCCUCAGGUUGAUGUUCCAUUGAAGGAUUAUCAGCCCAGAAACGAGAUGGAUGAGUUUGUAUGGAAGCAGUACGACUCUGGUGAGUCCUUUGCCAAUGCCCCAGUGUCUCUCUGUGCUGUGGGAUUAAGGAACACCGACGACUUGGUGGUGAAGGUAGCCAAGAUUCUUAGGGAGGCCAUGUAA